AUGUCUCAGGGUCAGCAAUCCAGUCCCAACCAGCCCGCCUCAUCCAAGGGUGGCUCAUCCGUCGCUGCCGAGUCUCCGGAAGCAAGAUCAGACGACUGGUCCGACAUCAAAGACCCUAACGAAAGGCGAAAAAUCCAGAACAAACUUGCUCAAAGAAGAUUCCGCGACAAGAUCAAGGAGCAGAAAGAGGAAACUGAGCGCCACGUGGAGAACCAACGACAGGCUGGAAGCUCAUACGCAUCGCCAGAGCCAGAGAACAUCGAUACAAGCCAAUCACUUUCGGGACUACCGUGGGGUGGCAUUUCAAUGAAGCAUAUAGUAGAGAAAGGGAAGAGUAAGGAGCAGAGCUCGCAACGAAAUUCUCGCGAGAGUUCUAUACAUGAAGGCGCAUCUUAUACUGGAGGAAGCCACUCAUGA